GGCAUAGGCAUCAAUUUUCACUGCUGCUGCUGCUGAAUCAACACUAAAAAUGGCCGAGAAACUCGCAAAAGCCAAGGAGGAGAUGACAGCCGCCGGUCUCUCGCCAGAAUCCAUCGAGGGAAUUCUCAAAAUCGCCGCCACUUACAAGAAGAAGGACGAUGAGCCAGAACGUGAUGCUGCCACUUCUUUGGCAAUUAUCACAAAAAUGAUCGGAGAGACCAAUGAGUAUAUUAAGGGACAAUCGGAAGCCGAUCAGAAGAUCUACGCUGUCAUUAUUGAGAAGAAGAAGGCCGAGCUUAUCGAGGCCGCCAAGAAGCAAUAGAUUUUCUUUUUGUUUUGAAAUUUUAUUCUAUUAUGAGCUUGUAAUAAAAUAAUUUUUGU